UUUGUUUUUUUGAGGUGUAUACACCAUGAAAAAUAUUGUGGUUAGCUGAAAAACAUGUCUUUGAAGUCUUCAUCCAAAAAAAGAAAAUGCUAUAGUGAGUUAAAGCAUGCACCAAUUGGAAGUUAUUUUAAAAAGGUAAAUGAUAUUGACAAACAGAAAUGUGAUUCAUUUAAUAAAACUCUGGAUCUUGAGAAGACAAGUAGAGCUUCCAAUCCGACAAAUAAUGAACAAAAAAAAAGUCUUGAUAAAGUAUCAAAAAAGCAAGAAGCAGAAAGUUUAAACUUUUCAGUAAUUAAACCAAUUGACUUAAAUAAAAAUGGAUUUGAAAUAAAAUCUGUCAAACUAAAAUUAAAGUCUAAAAACGGAACAUCGUCUUCUGAAAAAGUAAGACCAUUGCUUGAUAGUAAAUCAAUUUCAGAAGAGUUACAAACACCUUUAAAAAAAGUAACACCACUGCUUGAUUGUAAAUCUUUUUUAGAAGAUUCUCCAGUGCUAUCAACUUUAGAAGAUUUGCCAGCGCUAUCAAAAAAAGUAGUACCCCUGAUCAUAACACCACUGACCGAUUGCAAUCCUAUUACAAAAGGUUUGGACAAAAAGAUUGUACUUUCAAAAGCAACUAAACGAACUAAAAAUGAAAGUGACUUUUGUAGCAAACCUAAAAGAAAGACACAGGCUGAAAUCCAGGAAAGGUUUUCUAACUUGAUUCAAGAUGAUGAUGAUGAUGAUUUUCUGACUGGUUAUGGGUAUGAUAAUCUUAGACAGGAUAACAAAUUGACAUCUAUCAAAACCUUCUCAAAGCCUGGAUUAGAUGAUAGCUCAUUUGAUCUUUUUGAACCAAAUCAUGCAAGUAGUGAUAUUUUAAAAACCCAAUGUGUUACUAAUGACAGCCAGCUAGUAUCAGAUGAUUCCCUGCUUGAAAUUGAUGAAGCAGAAUUAGUGGAAGAUUUAACUGAACAUAAAGUCAUGUUGUUAAGAGUUAAAGAAGUUACUACAAGAUUCUAUGCUGCAAAUAAAUUUGAUUCAAAGAAAGAAAUUUUGAUUAUUGUUGAAUCAACCAAAGGAUCAUAUAGAGGUAGUUGUCAUCUUCGAGAAGAUUGGAUUCAAACUGAAAUUGAAAUAAACGAUUUAGUUUAUGUGUCAGGUCUUUCACCAAAAUGCUUCCAAUGUGUUUUAGACAAUUCAUCUUCCCAUUUUAUUACAUUAUAUCCAAAUACUCUUAUAUCUGGAACUUGCAUUUCAACUGGAAUAUUUUGUGAUAGAAAUGCUGUGCUAAAUGAGCAAUUUAAAAUGUCUGAACAAAAUGAAGCAAUGUUACUUGGUACAUUUACCCACAAUUUAUUGGAAUGGGCUUUACAAAAUAAUUUGUUUUCAAAAUUUGAAUUGGAAAAGCAAGCACAGAAAAUGUUAUGCUCUACAAAGUUUAUUGAAUUGCUGUAUAGCCUGGACAUUGACGAAAAAAAAAUUCUUUUAAAAUUGGAAGAAUACUAUUCAUCUAUAUCAGAUUGGCAGACUUCACUUCUUAAUCCAUCAGGCAAAGAAAUCUAUUUUAAAACAGGACAAGAAUUUCAAAGUUCAAAUGACAAUGCAUUCGUUCAUAUAAAUCGUAUAAUAGAUAUUGAAGAAAAUAUUUGGGCACCACGCUUGGGAUUAAAAGGUAAAAUCGAUGUAAGUGUUGAACUUAUUGUGCAUCGGAAGCCAAAAAAAAAUAAAUAUAUUGUCCCUUUGGAACUCAAAACAGGAAAAAUGUUUUCAGAAGCAGGUUCUAUUGAACAUCGAGCUCAAGUUGCCAUCUAUACAAUGUUAAUGAGUGAAAAAUAUAAUCAAAGCAUAGAUGCAGGGCUGCUACUCUAUUUAAAAACAAAACAUUUACAAGGUAUUCCUGUCCCUGAAAAAGAAAGACGUGCUUUAAUAAUAAAAAGAAAUAGUAUUGCUAGAAAGCUAACAUUGGAGAAUAACAACCUCUAUAUGCCUAGUGUUCUUGGUGACAAAAGAAAAUGUGCACGUUGUUUUCAAAAUCAGACUUGUAUGCUUUACCAUAAAGCUGUUGAAAAUGGUAAUGCAAAUACUAGUGGUGUAGACUCACUAUUUAUGGACUUAACAAAUCAUAUAAACAAUAAUCAGCUUGAUUUCUUCAAAAAAUGGUAUGAGUUAGUUAUGAUAGAAAUUAAAUAUGACGAACAGAUAAACAAGAAUAAAUACUUUUGGCUUGAUACUUCACAGCAUUGUGAAAUGCGUGGCGAAUGCUUAAGUAGGAUGAAUAUUGUGCGUGAAGACAAAACUUCUGAUCAAAAGUAUCAUUAUAUUUUUUGUAAUCAAAGUGCUGGCUUGUUACAUUUUUGUUGUGGAGACCGUGUUGUUGUCAGUGAAGAAAAUAAAAAAGUAUACAACAUUGCUACAGGCUACGUGCUCGAUGUAUCUGGCAAUUCUAUAACAAUUUCAGUUGAUAGAAAAAUAGCUUCCACACAAGUUUCUUCAACAUUUAGAAUUGAUAAAGAUGGUUUUCUUACUAACUACAAAACAUCUCUCAGUACACUUGUCAAGUUAUAUAAAAAAGAUUCUCCUCGAGAUGAAAAAAUUCGUAGGCUUAUUAUUGAUAAAGAAUCGCCACAGUUUUCAGUAAAUAAAAACAAAGAGUUAAAACCUUCUCAACCAUUUGCAAUCAAUGGAGCUGGAUCUGUUCUGAAUUCUGAAUUAAGUAAUAUUUAUUUGAAUUUAAAUCCUUCACAAAAAGCAGCUAUUGAAAAAUGCCUAGUAACUGAAGACUAUCUUAUCAUGCUAGGCAUGCCUGGCGCUGGUAAAUCUACAACUAUUGCUUGUUUGGUACGAGCUUUAGUAUCAAUGGGAAAGUCAGUGCUUUUAACAAGUUACACUCACUCUGCUGUGGAUACCAUACUUGUGAAGCUUAUUGAUGCUGGUUUUAAUUCAUUUUUGCGUAUUGGAGAAAAUUCACGUGUACAUAGUAAAAUAGCUCAUCUCACAAAUAAAGAGCAAACAAAACAAUUUUCAAGCACAGCACAGCUAAAAGAAUUUUAUAAUAAACAGAGUGUUGUUGCUACUACUUGUCUUGGAAUCGGUCAUCCCAUAUUCUUGCACAAGUGUUUUGACUACUGUAUCGUCGAUGAAGCUUCACAGGUUACAUUGCCAGUUUGCAUUGGACCUCUUAGAUAUGCAAAUGCUUUCAUACUAGUUGGUGAUCACAACCAGCUUCCUCCCUUAGUGCAGAGUCCAGUCGCCAGAGAGAAAGGUUUAGAUGUAAGUUUGUUUUGUCUUCUAACUAAAGUCCACCCAAAAGCUGUAAUAUCUUUGAAUCAUCAAUAUCGUAUGAACAGUGAUAUAAUGCUGCUUACCAACUCUCUUAUAUAUAAUAAUGCUAUGAUAUGUGGAAACGAUGAUGUAGCAUCUGCAAGAAUUAAGUUGCCACUCUAUGAAAAGUAUAAAGAAAGUUAUCGAGAUUAUAUAUUGCAAGCCAUGGAUCCUGUACGCUCUGUUGUUUUUAUUGAUACUGACUCUUCUGAAAUGUUUCGAGAAUCGAAGUCUUCACACGGUGUUACUAAUCAUGGAGAAGCAUUUCUUGUUCGAGAUAUUGUCCGCGGAUUUCUUCAUUGUGGCCUAAAGUCAGAAAAUAUUGGCGUUAUUUCCCCUUAUCGGCAACAGCUAAAAGUUAUUCGUAAAGAACUGUCAGUUUUGGCUGAAAAUGUGGAAGUUGAUACCAUUGAUAAAUAUCAAGGCAAAGAUAAACCGUGCAUUAUUGUCUCUCUGGUUCGCAGUAACGAAUCAAAUGAGGUUGGUGAUUUAUUAACAGACUGGAGGCGUGUAAAUGUGGCAAUUACUAGAGCAAAAACAAAACUUAUUCUAAUUGGUUCUGCGACUACUGUUAAGCAAAGCAUUAUUUUUGAGAAAAUGCUGAAGAUUUUGCAACAAGAAAAAUGGAUUUUAUCAGUGUAGUAUUUAGUUUACCUGUUAAUUGUUAUAAAUAAAUGAA